GCACGCAAGCUUCUCUUCUGGGUUCUCUCGGCAAAUAAAGAAAUGAGAGGAGUUCAAUAAGCUAAGUAUUUUUAAUAAAAAUAAGGCAAAGAAGAAGAAGAUGAUGACACUGUCAGCUGCUGCUGCUUCUAGUUUUACAGUUUCGCCAUCAAUAAAAAAUACCCUUCAGUUUUUGCCUCCCAAAAGAGCUUCUUUAGAUUUACCUUUAACGAAGCAAUUUUCAAGGAGUUCCAGAAUCUUCUCUCCUUUGCGUGUAGCGGCUCCUCCAUCGCCACCCACAUCAGAUCAAGAGCAGGUUAACCAAGAUUCCGUGGAAGCCGAAGAGAAUAAAAAGGUUGGUGAAGAAGUGGGUGAAGAGAGUGAAGGUUCAAAGUUUUGUUGGAGGGAUCAUUGGUACCCGGUUUCUUUGGUGGAGGAUUUGGACCCGCGCUUGCCCACCCCUUUUCAGCUUCUCGGUCGAGACUUGGUUCUUUGGUUCGAUAAGGGAAGUCGGCAAUGGGUUGCUUUCGAUGACAAGUGCCCUCACAGGCUUGCUCCUUUAUCAGAAGGGAGGAUUGAUGAAAAUGGACACUUGCAAUGCUCUUAUCAUGGAUGGUCUUUUGAUGGGUGCGGAUCUUGCACUCGGAUACCUCAAGCUUCUAAUGAAGGUCCUGAAGCUCGUGCAGUUCGGUCCCCUAGAGCAUGUGCUACUAGGUUUCCAACAAUGGUCUCCCAAGGGCUGCUUUUUGUCUGGCCUGAUGAAAAUGGAUGGGAAAGAGCUAAUGCGACCAAGCCUCCCAUGUUGCCUGAUGACUUUGAUAAACCAGAGUUCUCGACUGUGACAAUUCAACGCGAUCUGUUUUAUGGCUAUGAUAUUCUUAUGGAGAAUGUCUCAGAUCCUUCCCAUAUUGAUUUUGCGCAUCACAAGGUUACAGGAAGGAGAGAUAGAGCCAAACCUUUGCCAUUUAAAUUGGAGUCUAGUGGUCCGUGGGGUUAUGCUGGUUCAAAUGAUGGUAAUCCGCGGAUAAGUGCCAAGUUUGUUGCACCUUGCUAUGCUAUGAAUAAAAUAGAGGUAGACACAAAGCUUCCGAUUGUUGGUGAACAAAAAUGGACAAUAUGGAUAUGCUCAUUCAAUGUACCAAUGGCACCUGGGAAGACUCGUUCAAUUGUUUGCAGCGCUCGAAAUUUUUUCCAGUUCAGUAUGCCAGGGCCUGCUUGGUGGCAGUUGGUCCCUAGAUGGUACGAACACUGGACAUCAAAUAAAGUAUACGAUGGGGAUAUGAUUGUUCUACAGGGUCAAGAGAAGAUCUUUCUCUCAAAAUCAAUGGAGAGUGCUGAUGAUAUUAACAAGCAGUACACAAAACUCACAUUUACACCCACACAAGCGGAUCGUUUCGUCUUGGCAUUUCGAAAUUGGCUGCGGCGACAUGGCAACAGCCAGCCAGACUGGUUUGGCAAUACCAACAUGCAACCUCUGCCAUCAACAGUUUUAUCAAAACGCCAGGUACUUAUCCCGGGAACCUCCUGCUAGCACACUGUCAUGACU